AUGACUACACUUGUCUCGCUAUCCGAGUAUGCCAAUGCUUUCGAGAAGCUCGAUACGACCGGCCGGAACUGGCUCAUGUUCCAGCAUCGUCUCGAGAUCGCAGUUCACCAGAAAGGUGUAUGGUCACACUUUGAUGGCUCGUUGAAGAAGCUCAUCGCUGCAGAUCCAGGCAAGCCGACGGCGGACGAGACAGACCUCAUUCAGGAAUGGCAGAAGAAGGAGAACCUUGCCCUCUAUCUUCUCACAUCAGGAAAACCCCACUUUUCCUUAAGAGAACACUUAUAUAACUUAAAUGGACUUAUAGUCCUUAUUUAA